AUGAUAUUGCGGCGAUUGUUGAUCAGCUCGGCUAUUUCAACUUUCUAUUUGACAAUUUCACAAACGAUAUCUUGUCAAAAUUGUACUACUUCGAGCACUUGUUCCAACACGGAUACCUGUUCAAGUCAGAAUUGCUUCCUAGUUUCCCAAGAUGUCGGUACAUGGAUGACGAAUGGAUGCGUGACGUUGAAUGGAACAUCACCGCCAAAUUACACAGUGAACAACGCGAGUGUGAAUGGGAUUUGCUUCUGGAGGGAUAAUAGCACGCGUAUCUGUGCUUGUCGAUCUCCUUUAUGCAAUAAUCUAUUCGAUUCGGAUAAAUUCCCGAAUGUCACGUACAAUCCACUUCCGUCAAUCGAUAUCGAUGCAAUGCUUAGUCUAGCCGAACAAACCCCAAUCACGAUGGUGACAACGGUCGCCUCAACGACUCUCCCCGUUGCGGUCACCACACCGAAAGUCUCAGCUCGUUUCUUUUCACCAAUUCAUUUACUUAGACCAUAUUAUCCAAAUCAUUGGUAUGGCGCGAAUCAGGGAAACAUUCGAUCAGGUGUUGUCCCAUCGAGAGAAAUUUGGCCAAAGCCGGUAAUUAAUGAGGGUACUUUGAGACCUCAUGUUUGUGGCUUUAAUCCGUACACCCGUCAAUGCAUGGAUCCGGAAGGAUACUGUCCAGGGAGAUGCAUGAACUUUCACUAUACUUACAACACGAUUUAUGAGUGUCGCUGUUUGGUAAUU